AUGGCUUCAGACAAAUUAUUCCAAGUCCAAGGUGGUUAUCAAAAUUACGCUUGGGGCAAAGUUGGCUCAGCUUCUGCCGUGGCUCAAUUUGCUGCUAGCUCUGACGCUUCCAUGAAGAUUGUCGAGACCGACCCAUACGCUGAAUUGUGGAUGGGUACUCAUCCAAAGGUUCCUUCACUCAAUAUGUCCAAUGGCAAGACCUUGAGAGAUUUGAUCACUGCCUCUCCAGAACACUACUUGGGCUCAAGUAUCAUUAAGAAAUUCGGCUCAUCCGUGGAAUUGCCUUUCUUAUUCAAAGUGUUAUCUAUUGAAAAAGUUUUGUCGAUCCAGGCCCAUCCAGACAAAGCUUUGGCUGCACAAUUGCACGCUGCUGACCCAAAAAACUACCCUGAUGACAACCAUAAACCAGAAAUGGCCAUCGCUGUGACAGAAUUCGAAGGUUUCUGUGGGUUUAAGCCUUUGAAGGAGAUUGCUACUGAAUUACAGAAAAUUCCUGAAUUUUUGGCCGUUGUCGGGGAAGCCGCUGCUAACGAUUUCAUCAACAACAUCAAGCCAGAAGCCCAAGAAGGUUCACAAGACGAUAUUCAAAACAGAAAAUUAUUGCAAAAGGUCUUUGAAAAAGUCAUGACCACCAGUGACGAAGUUAUCGGUUCCGAAGCCGCUAAGUUGGUUCAAAGAACUUUUGAUGAACCUGAAAUUUUUGGCUCUAAGUUGGUUAACUUGAUUCACAGAUUGAACAAGCAAUUUCCAAACGAUAUUGGUUUGUUUUGUGGUGCCUUGAUGUUGAACUAUGUGGAAUUAAAUCCUGGUGAAGCGGUUUUCUUGAAGGCUAAAGACCCACAUGCAUACAUUUCCGGUGACAUCAUCGAAUGUAUGGCUGCCAGUGACAACGUUGUUAGAGCUGGGUUCACUCCAAAAUUCAAAGAUGUCAAGAACUUGGUUGAAAUGUUGACUUACUCUUACGACCCAGUUGAAGAUCAAAAGAUGGCUCCACAAUCUUUUGCCAAGUCUUCUGGUGAAGGGAAAUCCGUAUUAUAUGACCCACCAAUUGAAGAAUUUUCUGUUUUACAAACAGUUUUACCAAAAUCUGGUGAAGUUAGAUCUUUUAAAGGUUUCGAUGGUCCAAGUAUUGUGAUUGUAACUAACGGGGCAGGCUCUAUUAGUUUGAAGGGUGAGAAUGUCGAAUUAACUGCCGGUUGCGGAAAUGUCUUUUUCAUUGCCCCAGGAGCUGAAGUGGAUUUCAAGUCUACUGAAAAUCACUUUGUUUCCUACCGUGCUUUUGUUGAAGCCUAA